GCAGCGCCGCGCCCCGGCCCGCCCCGCGCUGCGCCGCGCUCCCGCCGCUCGGCGGGCAGGCAACGGGCAGCAGGCGGGCAGCGCGGGCGGCGGCGCGGGGCCGCGCCCGGGAGGCGGCGGCGGGAGCGGAGCGGAGCGGACCGGAGCGGACCGAGCCGAGCCGAGCCGAGCCGGGCUGGGCCGGGCUGGGCUGGGCCGGGCCUAGGCGAGAUUCUGAGCUGUGCCUGAGCGGAGCGCUGAGAGCAGCCCCUGGAAGCAGCCAGAGCAGGGUGACCAGUGGCCAUGACGACGGAGACAGGUCCUGGUUCGGAGGUGAGGAACGCGCAGGAGGAGGCUCCGCAGCAGCAGCUGGAGGCAGCCGCAGCCACCAACCCCACUGGCCGGGACACCGAGGUCAAUGAGAAGCCUGGAGCACAGUCUGAUGCCCGAAGUACAGAGCUGGGCACAGACAUGGAGGAGAAGGACUACAGCGAGACGGAUGGUCUCUCUGACAAAACAACCCCCAGCAAGACCCAGAAGUCACCCCAGAAAACCACCAAGAAAGUGAAGAGUGCCCUCUGCAGAGUGACCCUGCUUGAUGCCUCCGAGUAUGAGUGUGAGGUGGAGAAGCACGCCCGAGGCCAGAUCCUCUUCGACAUGGUGUGUGAGCACCUCAACCUCCUGGAGAAGGACUACUUUGGCCUCACCUUCUGCGACUCGGACAGCCAGAAGAACUGGCUGGACCCUUCCAAGGAGAUCAAGAAGCAGAUCCGCAGCGGGCCCUGGAACUUUGCCUUCACUGUGAAGUUUUACCCUCCAGACCCUGCCCAGCUCACGGAGGACAUCACAAGAUACUACCUGUGCCUGCAGCUCCGUGCGGACAUCAUCACGGGGCGCCUGCCCUGCUCCUUUGUCACGCAUGCUCUGCUGGGCUCCUAUGCCGUGCAGGCUGAGCUGGGCGACUAUGAUGCUGAGGAGCACGUGGGCAACUACGUCAGCGAGCUCCGCUUUGCCCCCAACCAGACGCGGGAGCUGGAGGAGCGCAUCAUGGAGCUGCACAAGACCUACCGGGGAAUGACCCCCGGGGAAGCGGAGAUCCACUUCCUGGAGAACGCCAAGAAGCUCUCCAUGUACGGGGUGGACCUGCACCACGCCAAGGACUCAGAAGGCAUCGAUAUCAUGCUGGGUGUCUGUGCCAACGGCCUCCUCAUCUACAGGGACCGGCUGAGGAUCAACCGCUUUGCCUGGCCCAAGAUCCUCAAAAUUUCCUACAAGAGGAGCAACUUCUACAUCAAGAUCCGCCCGGGUGAGUACGAACAGUUUGAGAGCACCAUUGGCUUCAAGCUGCCCAACCACCGCUCUGCCAAGCGUCUCUGGAAGGUCUGCAUAGAGCAUCACACCUUCUUCAGGCUGGUGUCCCCGGAGCCACCUCCCAAGGGAUUCCUGGUGAUGGGCUCCAAGUUUCGGUACAGCGGGCGCACGCAGGCGCAGACCCGGCAGGCCAGCGCCCUCAUUGACCGCCCGGCUCCCUUCUUUGAGCGCUCCUCCAGCAAACGGUACACCAUGUCUCGCAGCCUUGACGGAGAGUUCUCGCGCCCGGCCUCCGUCAGCGAGAACCACGACGCCGGGGCGGAGGGCGAGAAGCGGGAUGAGGACGGUGAGUUUGGCAGCAGGAGACGGUCCGAGACAGAGGACGAGGAGGUGACCACCCCGACGAAGAUCAAGGAGCUGAAGCCGGAGCACGAAACAACCCCCAGGCACAAGCAGGAGUUUUUAGACAAGCCAGAAGAUGUUUUGCUGAAGCAUCAGGCCAGCAUCAAUGAGCUGAAACGGACCCUGAAAGAGCCCAACAGCAAGCUGGUUCACAGGGACCGGGACAGGAGGCUGCCUUCCUCACCAGCCUCUUCCUCACCCAAGCACGAGGAUGAAACACCAAAGGGAACCCCAGAAAAGGCCAGCGAGACGAUAGAAGAGGACACCCUAGACGAUUUUGCAUCUGACCACGGAGCUUCCCUAAGCAUGGAGUCUUUCACGCAGAAAAGCCUUGUCUCCUCUCCUGAGAGAGCGGGCUUGAGGGAGGGCACAGAGGAGAGAGCUAAGCCACCGCGGCACAGGGCUCCUGAGAGUGACACCGGUGACGAAGAGCAGGACCAGGAGAAGGACUCGGUCUUUCUGAAGGACAACCACUUGGCCAUCGAGCGCAAGUGCUCCAGCAUCACGGUCAGUUCAACCUCCAGCCUUGAAGCAGAGGUGGACUUCACAGUGAUUGGUGACUUCCAUGGCACAGCAUUUGAGGACAUCUCCCGGAGCCUGCCCGAGCUGGACAAAGACAAGAGUGAAACGGAAGAUGAAGGCCUGGUUUCCUUCCAGGACAUUGACAAAGUAGUUCCUGGACUGGAAGAGGAUGUCAAAGGCGGGGAGAAGGUCUCCCAGCCCAGGCCAGAUGUCUCCCAGCUAGAGUCAUCAGCCCCGAAAACUGAUGCUGUGACCAUCGGCCAGGGGCUGGGCAUGAAGAAGCCUGAAGCAGACGGCUCUGCUCCCCACCAGGUUGGCACCACAGAUGCAGCCCAGGUGGAAGGAGGCACUCCAGGCAGCAGGGACGCCACAGCCACUGCUCACGCUGGCACUGCAGAGACAGAUCACAGCACCAAGGCUGGGAAAGGGGCCGUUCCCACGACAGACCUUCGCUCCCUCUCACCGAUCACCAGCGGCUCUGCUGGGAAAGACGUGCUCACCAGCAUAUUCAGUGCCACUGCGGAAACCCUCUCAACUUCCACCACUACCCACGUUACCAAGACUGUGAAAGGAGGGUUUUCUGAGACCCGAAUAGAGAAGCGCAUCAUUAUCACAGGAGAUGAAGACGUGGACCAGGACCAGGCACUGGCUUUAGCAAUCAAAGAAGCAAAACUACAGCAUCCUGACAUGCUGGUAACCAAAGCUGUGGUAUACAGAGAAACAGAACCUUCUCCAGAGGAAAGGGACAAGAAACCUCAGGAAUCUUGACCAACAUGUUCAUGGAAGUCAGCAUCUGUGUUCAAACCUGGAGAACAGCGGAGAAGGAGCCUUCAUGCUGGAUUUGUCAGCAAGACGUAGACAUCCUGGCUGCAAUGUUCAUGGCAAGAGACAAAAAUUUUUAACAAAGGAAUAGCAAAUAUAUUAUAUAUAUAUAUAUAUACAUACAUACAUAUAUAUAUAUAUAAAACCAGGAAACAAAAUGCAUCCUUGCACUGCUGCUAUAUGCUGGAAAUAAUAGCAAACACCACCAACAAACAAAGCCAACCCUCUGCAGAUAAAUUGAAGAAUUUACUGGAUUGGUGAUAAAAUAAGAAUUAAAAAAAAAAUUAAAUCAUAAUAAUAACAAUAAUAUUGUUAACAAUAAGCCACCAUCUUGCAUGUUACAUUAAAGGAUACACAAUCAUGAGUUCAUUUGUUGCACACUGAAUGGAAAGGAAAACUGCUUUGCAACAAAGCAACAAAUAAGCAAACUUGAAAUAAAAAAAAUAACAAAACCACAAGCAGAAGCAAAACCAUUCCCCACCUCUGGAAAGAAGAGAGAAAAACAUUGAAUUUAUUACCUUAGAGUUAUUUUCUGAUUCACAAGUGUCGUUUUGCCCUUCUCUUUCCAUGCUGGUUCUUUUGCAUCCUUUGGGCAUCUGUUAACUCUUCCCCUUCCCUUCCUUAUCUUCUCCUCUGUGCACUUGUCCAACCUCUUGUUCUCUGAAGGUAUUUAAGAAUGGGUUUCAUUUCAAACCAAACAAAUGAUAUGUAUAUGGUUUCUCAUUUAUAAAGAAGCAGGCUGUAGGGGUUUCAUAUGGAUGUGCAUUUAAGUUAUGUAUAUUAUUAUAUAUAACGAGGGGGGAGGGAGGGAACAAUACUGAAAUAAUUCAACAGUGCUGGUAAAUAUGAUGACAUUUUUAAAUUAUUAACUCUUUGAUGGACCGUGGUUGGUGUAUUUUGAGACUCUUGGAUCACAUGUGGGACUCCCAGUCCUGCAAGAAGAGAACGGGGAAGGUUUCAGCCGCUGCUGUUUCAGGGGAAAGGGGAGAGAGAUGGGAGAUGUCCCGCCAGCUGAUCUGCAGUGUAUGGUGGUUGGAUGUGGAAGGUCAGUAGUGACUUGGAUGGGCAGGGAAGGAGGUGGAGGCUGUGGCUCCAGCAGCUGUAGGCAGGAUCGUCUCCCUGGCUCUCACCCAGAGCCACGGGAAUCAGCUGGGAGCAAGGUGGCAGCCGCAGGACUGCAUUCAUCGCUCCCCUCCAGCCCGCUGAGCCAUGCCGCUGGUUGGGGUGGUUUUGCUUUGUUUCUGGCUCCCAGGAAUGAAGCUACUUGAGCUUUGUAGUAGGGUUGAAGGCAGAGGGGGUAUUUCUGCUUUGCCUCCCCUGCUGCCCAGGGUGUGAUGGCAAGGGCUGCCUGAGGCGCUGCGGCUGGCGACAGUGGUGGCAGGGUGGUGGAAGUCCUUCCCAGACCUGCCUAGGGAGGAGCAGUGGAAAGACUGAGCUGUCUCCAUCCUCUCAGAGUGUCCCCAGCAUCCCAGGCUGGACAAGAGAUCCCCGUCCCCCUGCGUAAGAAGGCGUGUAUGGAGGAGAUGUCAGUGGAGAUGCCUUCCCCCAACUCAUCCCAGCUUCGGCCUUUGGCCACAUGCUUCCUCUACAGCUGCCUUUGGAAGGGGAUCAUGGGCCAAGCCCAGGGCCUCGUACACUGUGAACCAGGCAGUUAGGGUAGGCUUGGAACCAAAAUGAGAAAGUAAAGGAAAUAAACGGGUUUCCUUCUCGGAAUCGUCUCUAGCUCCUGUGGAAACAGAAGGGCCCAUGACUCUGCACCAUUUUGCCUUUAGUCUCCCACCCCUCACACAGACUGUGCCCAGAAAUAGGUGUGUUUUGCCAGGUCCUGCAGUGGCUCAGAGGAUAACAGUGGACAGGAGAGCCUGAGCCACGAGGAUGUGGGCAGCCCCUGCUCAUUGCCUGUGCUGUCCUAGGAGAGAGCCUGCUCCCUGGCAGCCGCUGUUCACCACCAUGUCCCUGUAAAGCCUGUUCUCCUUCUGGCAGAGAGGUUUCUCCUGCAGGCAUGAAAGGCAUGAGCACAGGCUGCUUGGGAAGUGAACAGAGCCGCUGGCUGGUGCCAGUGCUGCCAGGUUGUGAGGGUCUCCCCAGCUUCCAUCUAAGCGCCUUUAGUUACCUUUAGAGACCAGACCCCCAACCAAAAGAGUGAAAGCAGUUGUGAAGAGGCUGCUUUUCUCUUUUCUUUUCCCAAUACACCCAAACCAGUUGUAAUCAGCAGUGGCACUUUCGGAGAGAGGCAGGGAGGUGGAGGACUUGUGGUCUGCACAACAGUGCUGGUGUUCAGCACACUGUGUGUUCCAUACUCUUGAGGACCCCACCUAGCUUUGACACCUUUACGACCCAACUAGAGGCUACUGUGAAGCUAGAUACUUGCUUUUGACAUCGUGUAGCUAUAAAAUUGAAGGUUACUGUUAAAAUGAGUGGCCUUACAGAGUUAGAUUUGAUGUGCACUUGGACUGAAGUGAGUUAUGUUUGGAGUGAGCAGAUCCAGUCCCUGGCUUCCGCAGUGUGUUCAGUGGGUGACAGUGUUUAAAAACUAUAAAAAAGGAGAAAAACAAACCCCAAGGAAAAAGGAUAGGAAAAAGCUCCCAGCUUGUUCACUGGGCAAGGUGUGGGGUUUCUGCUGCUCAGCACCACCUGAGGCCCCCGUGGGCUCCGCUCCCCCAGCCUGCCCAUCACCUUGCUCUGUUUCAGAUAGCUGGUCACUGCUUGCUUUCUUCCCGGGACCUUUCUGUUGAAAGGGGUGGGAGACACGAGUGCCUGUUUUUACCUGAUCCCACAGAUUCAUUCCAAACCUGGCCUGCGAUUGCAUGAGUAAUAAUAACAGUAACAGUAAUAAUAUUUAUUUUUAUUUGAGAAGCACCUUACCAACCAACUGCAACGCUCUGUUGUUCCUUCACUAACUCUCCUUUUCCCUUGUUCUCCCUCUCCCCCCUUUGGUCAUACUCCUUUUCAGUGCUUGGUGGUGUAUGCGUGUGUGCUCACUGUUCUUGUAUUCAAUAAAAGUGAAAUAAAUGUGUUUGAUGCUAAAUCAG